UCCCAUCAGGUCAGGUACGUUGUGCAAUGUGGAAGUACUCGCAAAAAGAAACACAUUUCAGAAACAACAUGGCAGCGUGCUGCACGACGGUGGUCGAGGACUUGUCCACCGUCCCUCUGGUCGCCCUUAACAUGAGCGUCAGGAGAACCCUGAGCCUUUACUUGAACCCCCGAACCGUGGUGGCCGCCGACUGGACGAUGGUGGCCGAGGCAAUGGGCUUCUCUUACCUGGAGAUCAUCAACUACCAGCAGGUUCCCAAUCCCACUGAGCGGCUCUUGGUUGACUGGCAGGCGUGCUCGAGCGAGGCCAGCGUCGGAAAACUCUUGUCCAUCUUGGAGGAAGUGGAGAGGAACGACGUCGUGGAAGAGCUUCGUCCUCUGAUUGAUGAUGACGUGAGGAAGUAUCAUGAAAGCUUAAAGAAGAGGGCGGUACGUCCCCUGCAGGUCCCCGAGGUGGACAGCUGCAUCCCUCGAACGCCUGAGCUCUCUGGCCUCACCCUGGGGGAUGAUCCAGAAGGUUCUCCCGAGUUGUUUGACGCUUUCAUUUGCUACUGCAAGAGCGACAUCAAGUUUGUGCACGAAAUGAUUCGAGAGCUGGAGCAGACCCACUACCGACUGAAGCUUUGCGUCUUCGACCGCAACGUCCUGCCCGGAUCGUGCGUUUGGACCAUCACUGGCGAGCUCAUUGAGAUGAGAUGUAAGAGGAUGGUGGUUGUGAUCUCAGAUGAAUACAUCGAAAGUGAAGCCUGUGACUUCCAGACUAAGUUUGCACUCAGCCUUUCUCCUGGAGCUCGGAAUAAACGACUCAUCCCCGUGGUGUACAAGUCGAUGACAAAAGAGUUCCCGAGGAUCCUAAGGUUCUUGACCGUGUGCGACUACACCAAUCCAUACACGCAGACCUGGUUUUGGGAACGGCUGGCUAAAGCUCUUUCUCUGCCAUAGUUGGGAUUGUUAAUAGUGUUUUAAAGGUGCUUUUCCAUCAACUAUAUAGAAACUUUUGGGACCCAAUACCAAAGAUAUUCUGCAAUUCUUAAAUGUCAUUGUAUUCAUUUGUUUCAUACAUUUGAUGUCAUUUUUAUGAAUGUAGUAGCCUAGCCUGUGUUAUGAUUGACAAACAAUGUGCAGAGAUAUUUUUGCUA